CAAUUCUUAUUCUUCAUUAAGUAAACACACUUUCAUUUCAUCUUCAAAGGACCGGCUUAUAAUCAAUGGCAAGUGGAAGUGGUCUUGCAACACUGCAACAUAACUUCAAACUUCAAUCCUCUGUCUCACUUCUUCCAUCUUCUCAAUCCACUUUCUGUGGCACCAAAUUUACCACCUCAAUCCAGUAUAAGAGGAAAGUAUGUCAACCAAAAGGAGCUUUGAAUGUGGUUGCAUCGAGUGCCAAGAAGAUUCUUGUCAUGGGAGGCACACGUUUCAUCGGAAUCUUUCUUUCCCGUCUACUUGUUGAAGAAGGCCAUUCUGUAACUCUGUUCACUAGAGGAAAAGCACCCAUCACACAACCCUUGCCUGGUGAAUCAGACGACGCUUACAGUUCGUUCAAAUCCAAGAUAUUGCACUUGAAAGGUGACAGGAAGGAUUAUGAUUUUGUGAAGACCAGUCUUGCUGCUGAGGGUUUUGAUGUUGUCUAUGAUAUAAAUGGGCGUGAGGCGGAAGAGGUGGAGCCUAUAUUAGAUGCAUUGCCAAAUCUAGAACAGUACAUAUACUGCUCUUCAGCCGGUGUUUACCUUAAAUCUGAUCUUUUACCACAUUGUGAGACGGAUGCGGUUGAUCCUAAAAGUCGACACAAGGGGAAGCUUGAAACCGAGGCCUUAUUGGAGUCAAAGGGUGUUAAUUACACUUCUAUAAGACCAGUUUAUAUCUAUGGCCCGUUGAACUACAACCCAGUUGAAGAGUGGUUUUUCCACAGGUUGAAAGCUGGACGUCCAAUCCCAAUUCCCAACUCAGGUUUGCAAGUAACCCAACUCGGUCAUGUUAAGGAUUUGGCCACAGCUUUUAUAAAGGUUUUAGGAAACGCAAAAGCUAGCAAGCAAGUGUACAAUAUAUCCGGAGAUAGAUAUGUUACCUUUGAUGGACUAGCAAGAGCUUGUGCUAAGGCUGGUGGAUUCCCUGAGCCCGAGAUCAUUCACUAUAAUCCUAAGGAGUUUGAUUUCGGGAAAAAGAAAGCAUUUCCAUUCAGGGACCAGCAUUUCUUUGCAUCGGUGGAGAAAGCAAAGGCGGAGCUUGGAAUCGUCCCUGAAUAUGGCUUGGUUGAAGGUCUGACAGACUCAUACAAUCUUGACUUUGGUCGAGGAACGUUUAGGAAAGAAGCCGAUUUCACCACAGAUGACAUGAUUCUUGGCAAGAGCCUUGUUUUAAGUUAAUUACCAUUUUUGUUCCCUGCCCAUUCAAGAAGCUAUCAUAAAGCAAUGAAUACAUAAUUUGUAUAACAAAGUCCAGUUUGUUGAUUCAUCUUA